AUGGCAGGCCACGACUCGCAGCCUGCCAAGGAGUGGGGCCUAAACCGCCUCCCGCUGGAGCUGCGGCUCAGGAUAUGGGAGGAGACGUGGCCGGGCCCACGCCUGAUCGAGGUGACCCUCCCGCCCGGGGCAGCCACGGCGACAACCACAACCACCACGACGGCGCCCCGGCGCAUCAAGCCGAGCCGGCAGGUGGGCGCCGAGAAGGUGACGGCGUGGAACUCGCGCACGUCCUCGCUCGAGGACGUGUCGUGCAGGAGCUACGCGCACCCUUCGGCGCUGCAGGUGUGCCGCGAGUCGCGGGCCCACACGCUGGCGACGUACCGGGCGCUGCGGCCCUCGCACCCGGCGGGGAGCGGCGGCGGCGGCGGCGGCGCCUUCUACUUCGACCCGGGGCGCGACGUGCUGUGGCUGCACCGCGACCUGAGCCAGUUCGACGCGGGCAGCCUGGGGGCCGUGGAGCGCGUGCUGUUCAAGGACGUCGAGCGCGCCGGCGACAGCGGCGCCGACAAGAAGCAGCGGCGCCGCGAGCUGCUCGAGAUGGUCGAGUCGUCCAUGGGCCGCGUGCGCGAGGUCAUGGUGCUCGUGCACUGGACCAGCAUUGCUGACCUCGACGGCGAUGGGGGUGGGGGUGGUGGUGGUGUGGCCAACAAGACCAGCGAGACCCUCUACGACUGGAUGCAGUACUACAUGUUCAUGCUCGACGAGUGCUGGGACCUGCUCGACCACCAGCCCUGGGUCCUGCAGUUCCUCAGCACGUGGGACGAGUUCGGCGUGUGCUUCGAGUCCCGCGGCGAGGCCAAGCUGUGGGGGGACGCCAGGGAGGGCCCGCUGUACGGCUGCCCGAGCCACGACGUGGUCUACCGGAAGCGCCUGGUCGAGCGUUUCCCCAAGAGAUUCGUCGACAUCCAGAGAAUAUGA